CCUUGUGUAGUUCCUAAGCAGAGAGUGCAAUGGAGAGGGCUGACCCGAUAUUGGUGAUGGCGUCGAGCACAGGCGUCGUAGCUAAUAGCUCGUCAAAUGCUCUGGUUGUUGGUCUUUGGGAUGCCCAGCAGUUGGGGGUGAUGUCUUCCAGUAAUGUCUCCCCUGCUGCCACUGGCGGGGACACGAAGCCGGCGACCAUAAAUCCCCUGCUGCUGGCAUCGGCGAGUGUUGGCUCCUGGACGGCACUGAAUUAUCUUCUCAGCAAGGAAGACAAACAAGCACCACCAAUGGUCCAGCCUACUCAGGUAUUUCUUGAUUUGCUCGUGGGAUAUCCUACCAGCAAUAGCACCAAGGGAAGAUUGACGGUGCAACAAGCUUCUGAAGAUGUAGAAAAUGUGGUUGAUCAGCCUGCUUCACCCACGGCUGGUCUACUUCUCAACGGCGUCACUGCCGAGGGGGACACCGCACUGCAUGUGGUUGCCAGCCAUGGGGACGGCAAGGAAUUCUUGAAGUGUGCAAUCAUCAUCUUCAAAAGGGACCAAGACCUCCUGUUCCACGAGUUCCUGAGAAAGGAGAAUGUGCUUAAGGAGACAGCCUUGCAUGAUGCUGUCCGUAUUGGAAAUCAGGAUAUUUGUUUGUUGAAGGCUGAUCCUGACUUGGCCAAUUAUCCUAAAGAAGGCACUUCCCCAUUGUACCUAGCAAUUUCACUUCAAAGAUAUAGUAUCGCACGGACCCUACAUGACAAGAGCAAUGGAAAUCUCUCAUACAGUGGACCCCAUGGCCAAAAUGCGCUACAUGCUGCGACUUUUGGAACCAUAGAUGAUGGGAGGGAUCAUUCAAGACUUCCUGACACUUUUGCUGUUAAGCUAGGGUUGCCGCCGCCGCCGCCCCAUCGCUCCUCGCCGUCCUGGAAGCUCGAGGCAUCGUUGCCGCAGUCGGACGAGCCCCCGACGGACGCGGGGAGGAGGAGCUCGUCGGGGGCGUUCGCGCGCAAGUUGGGCGCCAGCCUGUGGGAGAUACAUGACGUCGUCAGGGCCGCGGGCGCCAGCCACCGGAUCCGCAGGCGCGCGCGGAGGGGGCCCGCCGCAUCCUCCUGCCGCGACGGCGAUGAUGACGACGUGGAUCGGUGCAUCAAUAUGUUAGAAUUAGUUCCUAAUGUGCAGCCAGUGCGGCAGAUAAAUUAA